AGUUAUGCCAGAGCGUUCGUGAAACCGCAAGAGCGCCUCACAGCUACCACAAAGUUACAAAGAAUCUCGCUCGCCGGUAAAUUCUGGGAGGUCAUGAAAUAACUCAGUUCUUCGGUCACUUGAUAAUGUUGUUGAUGCAUUGAAACAUGUUCCAUAUGUAGAAACGUGCUUCGAGAUAAAACGUGCUUGUAUAUAAAGCCGAGAGUGGCACGCGUGAAUCUACAAAACAAUUCUUUAUCGCUCAGAGGUAAGAUCGACUCGAUAUACUUUGAAGUUCAUUUAUAACUAAGACCAAGGUUUAGACCUAAUUGGCUUAAUGAUCACAUCGAUUCCUCUUUGAGUAAGUAUUGCUUUUCUGUGAUCGUGUUGGAAUGGUUUCCUUCCGCGAGUAUCAAAACACCGGCGCAGCUAUCAAUCAUAUACUUGUUUCUCUUGCAAAUCAAAACUAAGCAUAAUUCUUGAUUCAAUCAAUUCAAUCUUUCACAAUCGCGAUUUGUAACGAGUUUAUAGAUACCAUCUUACUCUAUCUUUGUAAACCUAAGCCACUGGCGUCGAUUAUUUGGUCACCAAGCCAGUUUGGAAAUUCCAAGCUCUAUUGACACAUACAGAUAUAGAUCUAAAUGUGCUCAACAAAUUAUUCCCGAAAAUCGUAUGUACGUGAAUGCGUUCUUAACUUACGAAAUUGCGAAAUAAAAAAAAAAUUAAGCCCAAGGCCAUUUAUUGACUAACGCGACAACAUUGAAGAUUGACGCCACCUGCCGACUUAUCUGCCGUAACUAACACCUGAGGCGACAUUUAUUACUGAGGGACCCAACGUCACAUCGCUGAGGCUUCGGUCUGAGAGCAUUUCUUUCUUGUGAAGGACGUGAUGAUUGUAAUGAAGCGAUACGAUUCAACCCAUCUCUAUUAUAAAAGACUUAUUCACUCGCUGAGGGGUAAAUAAAACACCAAGAGGCUCAUCGACUUGUUUAUUUUGCAGGAUUCAACAGUUCCUUACAGCAUUAGCCAUUAGUCUAACAUGGCGAGCUUAGAGCUACGGACAUUUUGUCAAGAUUUUGAAAUGAAAGACUUCAUAGCACAAGGAACCUUUGCUAAAGUGUUCAAAUGCACGGAGCGAAAGACAGGUGAAUGUUUUGCAGUGAAGGAAUUUCAAACUGAAGAGGCUAAUUUUGACAGAGAGGUUAUAAACAACGAAGUGGAAAUUUGGAGGACUUUGCAGCAUCGCAACAUUGUCUCAUUAUACAAACGCUUUUACGGAAACGGCCACAUUUGGGUGGUGUUAGAACUCGUAAACGGAAAAACGCUUUUGGACGAAAUUGUAAAUAAAAUUGUUUUCUCUGAAGAAGAAACACGAGGAAUGAUGGAACAGGUGAGACAAGAGGAAUCCCUUAGAUCUUUGCUCCGGCUGUUAAGUAAUUUAUUACAUAUCUUGGGUUCCAAGUUUUGCAGAUGUGGACAUUUAGCUAUGACGAUAAAAAUAAGGAGAACAUUUUUCGAAACUAAGAACCAGGAUUUAAGAUUUUUUCUUUCAUUAUUUGGAAGUUAAAGCGUUUAUCAAGCCUUGUUGACAAGAAUCAUAACAAAUGCGCAUUACGCUUCUUGUUUCCUUAUAAAAAAAAAUACUCAUUUCACAGAGAUUUCACAUCAUUAAACAUUCUUUAAAAACAUCUGGCCACUAAAUACACUUGGCUGAUCGUUCGCUUGAUAGCUGUCGCGUUACAACUAUUCAAUCGUUAGAGGACGAAAUGCAUCUUGUUCGCACUCAUUCUUUGCGAUGUUUAUCUUUCAGCUCAUUGAAAGCCUCAAGUAUCUUCACCGGAAAAGGAUUGUUCAUCGAGACAUUAAAGCUGAUAAUAUCCUUCUAGAAAAGAAGGAUGGCAAACUCGUCGUUAAACUUACAGAUUUUGGACUUGCGCGGCGACUUCCGGACGAUUGUGACGUCAUCAAAUGUACAGCGGAGGGCACGCCUCUCUAUCUUGCGCCGGAAACAAUCUUAGCGGACCCUAUCGGUCCAGCGGUUGACAUAUGGGCAUGCGGAGUAAUUCUGUUUUUAUUACUCGUGGGAUAUCCUCCAUUUUGGCACAGCGAUGAUAGGAAACUGAUGUUACUUAUUGUGGAGGGAUGUUACAGCUUGCCUGCGCGCUACUGGGACCGAGUGUCGGAUGACGCAAAAGAUCUUGUGAAACGAAUGUUGGUGGUUUAUCCUCACAAGCGAGUAACUGCUUUCAAGGCAUUGAACCAUCCGUGGAUCUCAGACUUUGAAGAAAAUGUGGACGAGGGUAUCGAAACUUUUGCAAGGAAUCUCGUUUCAAGAUAACACAUUUCUAAACAAUUUUUAAUUAUAGCGUUCUUUUCCAUUUGAGUCGUUGCAUCCAUAUCAUGCAGAGUUGUUAUCCAAAUUUCGCCCGCAAGACUUGGUUGGGAAGACAGUAAGGCUGCCUUACUUUCAAUUAAGUGUGUAAAUAGGGGAAUGAAAUUUUCAUUAAAACAUAUUUUAAGAUUU